CUGCUGUGCGACUGCACCGUGCUGGUGGGCGCCGCGCGCUUCCCCGCGCACCGCGCCGUGCUGGCCGCCUGCAGCGUCUACUUCCACCUCUUCUACCGCCACCGGCCCGGCCGCCGCACCGUGCGGCUCGACGGCCACAUCGUCACGGCGCCCGCCUUCGGCCGCCUGCUGGACUUCAUGUACGAGGGCCGGCUGGACCUGCGCAGCCUGCCGCUGGAGGACGUGCUGGCCGCCGCCAGCUACCUGCACAUGUACGACGUCGUCCGGGUCUGCAAGGGCCGGCUGCGGGAGGACGCCCGGGGCCCCGCCGCCCCCUGCCCGGCCGCCCGCAAAGCCGAGCUCCCGCCCGCAGGGGUCCGGGCCGCCCUGGCUCUGCGGGCCUCGGGGCCUCCUCCGCGGCAGAGCCCUGGAGAGUCGUCCGGGGCCCUGGACCUGUCCCUGAAGCCCGGCCCUAGGCCAGAGCCCGGCAGCCCGCCCCACCCGGGACCGGAGCCCGGCCCCCAGCCCUGCGUCCUCCGGACGGCCGUCCGCAGCCAGGGGCAGCCAGGGGCCCCGCCGCCAAUGAAAGAGGAGCCAGACUCGACGUCUGAACGGGAGGAUAACGGCAGCCCCCGGGGCCCCCCAGUCUGUGCCCCUGCGGAGCGGGCCGCGGACGCCGAGUCGCUGCCCGUCUGUGAAGCUGGCAACCAGCAGCUGGGGCUAGACGCAGAGCCUGCGGCGGGCGUGGAGGAGGUGGGUCCCCGCGGGCACCUCUGCAUCUGCCCGCUGUGCUGCAAGCUGUUUCCCAGCGCCCACGCCCUGCAGCUGCAUCUCAGCGCCCACUUCCGAGAACGGGACGGGGCCCGGGCCCGGCCGGCUCCCGAUGGCACCGUGCCCACGUGCCCUCUCUGCAGCAAGACCUUCUCCUGCACGUACACGCUGAAGAGGCACGAGCGGACGCACUCGGGGGAGAAGCCCUACACCUGCGUGCAGUGCGGCAAGGCCUUCCAGUACUCGCACAACCUGAGCCGGCACGCCGUGGUGCACACGCGGGAGAAGCCGCACGCCUGCCGCUGGUGCGAGCGCCGGUUCACGCAGUCCGGGGACCUGUACCGCCACGUCCGCAAGUUCCACUACGGCCUGGUCAAGAGUCUGCUGCUGUGACGGUCCCCUGCAUGCCUGGGGGAGGGCUGGGGGAGGGCAGGGGGAGG